AUGCAGGUGGUAGGAGUUCUUCUCAAGCUCUCAAAAUAUUAUCAACAUCAAGAGGAUGAACACAUUCUUCAUUCCAAAGAGGAUGAAGUGUGCCACAGGAGCAUAGAGACUAUGUUUAUGGCGAAGUCUUUGAAAUUCAGAACAGAGGAGCUAGGUGAUCCUACCAUCACCGCUUGUGACUCCAACACUAUGCCAUCAUGGGCGCAAACCAUAAGUAGCUCACCGGAGGAUUCAAGGACCAGGGCUGAGCAGGUCAAUUCUGAAGAAGAGGAAUGUAUUCAGCAUGCCCUUGCAGCAAUCACCGACCAUCGUGAGAUGUUCUACAUUCACUGA